GGGGCCGGGGGAGGGAUGGGAAUCGAGCGUCCCGCCACGUCAGUCUCCGGCCCUGAGCCUAUCCCGCGCUGGGCCUGCAGUGAGGGGGUCGUGUAGUGCCGAGAAGCGGCUUUGAUCGAGAAAGGAGGCCUCGCCUGCCCCGCUUCUGGAGCGGCGUUCUGCAAACCUGCCUGGGCGCGUCGAGCUUCCUUCACUGGCCAGAGGCAGAACCGUUGGCUCCCUCCCGUGAAGGCCGGCCGGCGUGUUCUAAGAAGCUCUGAGCACCCGGUACCGGGGUCUCGGGUCUAGGCUGUGAAGACCAUUGAAGUCUGGAGAAUAGAGAGUGUGUUUGUUUCUAUAGGAUCCGCGCCCAGCCUAGCACCGCAGACCACAAUGAAGAACCAAGACAAAAAGAAUGGGGCUGCCAAGCAGUCGGGCAACACUUCCAAUGCAAAAAGCAACCCGGGGCAAGCGGAAGCAGGACCAGAGGGAGCCCAGGGGCGGCCCAGCCAGUCGGCUCCUGCGACAGAAGCCGAAGGUUCUUCCAGCCAGGCUCCGGGGAAGACUGAGGGAGCACAAGCCAAAACUGCUCAGUCCGGGGCUCUCCGAGAUGUCUCUGAGGAGCUGAGCCGCCAGCUGGAAGACAUCCUGAGUACAUACUGUGUAGACAACAAUCAGGGGGGCCCAGGUGAGGAUGGGGCACAAGGUGAGCCUGCUGAACCCGAAGAUGCAGACAAGUCCCGGACCUAUGCCUCGAGGAAUGGGGAGCCUGAGCCAGAGACCCCAGUAGUCAAUGGUGAGAAGGAGACCUCUAAAGGGGAGCCGGGCACAGAUGAGAUCCGAGCAAGUGACGAGGUCGGAGACCGAGAUCACCGAAGGCCACAGGAGAAGAAGAAAGCCAAGGGUCUGGGGAAGGAGAUCACGCUGCUGAUGCAGACACUGAACACGCUGAGCACCCCAGAGGAGAAGCUGGCAGCUCUGUGCAAGAAGUAUGCUGAACUGCUGGAGGAGCAUCGGAACUCCCAGAAGCAGAUGAAGCUGCUACAGAAGAAGCAGAGCCAGCUGGUGCAGGAGAAGGACCACCUGCGUGGGGAGCACAGCAAGGCCGUGCUGGCCCGCAGCAAGUUGGAGAGCCUGUGCCGCGAGCUGCAGCGCCACAACCGCUCCCUCAAGGAAGAAGGUGUGCAGCGGGCCCGGGAAGAAGAGGAGAAACGCAAGGAGGUGACCUCACACUUCCAGGUGACACUCAAUGACAUUCAGCUGCAGAUGGAGCAGCACAAUGAGCGCAAUUCCAAGCUCCGCCAGGAGAACAUGGAGCUGGCCGAGAGGCUCAAGAAGCUGAUCGAGCAGUAUGAACUGCGGGAGGAGCACAUCGACAAAGUCUUCAAACACAAGGACCUGCAGCAGCAGCUGGUGGACGCCAAGCUCCAGCAGGCCCAGGAGAUGCUGAAGGAGGCCGAGGAGAGGCACCAGCGGGAGAAGGAUUUUCUCCUCAAAGAGGCAGUGGAAUCCCAGAGGAUGUGUGAGCUGAUGAAGCAGCAGGAGACCCACCUGAAGCAGCAGCUUGCCCUGUACACAGAGAAGUUUGAAGAGUUCCAGAACACUCUUUCCAAAAGCAGUGAGGUGUUCACCACAUUCAAGCAGGAGAUGGAAAAGAUGACUAAGAAGAUCAAGAAGCUGGAGAAAGAAACCACCAUGUAUCGGUCCCGGUGGGAGAGCAGCAACAAGGCCCUGCUUGAGAUGGCUGAGGAGAAAACACUCCGGGACAAGGAGCUGGAGGGCCUGCAGGUAAAAAUCCAGAGGCUGGAGAAGCUGUGCCGGGCGCUGCAGACAGAACGCAAUGACCUGAACAAAAGGGUACAGGACCUGAGUGCUGGUGGCCAGGGCUCCCUCACUGAUGGUGGCCCUGAGCAAAGGCCAGAGGCUCCAGCUGCCUCCAAGGAGCACGGUGGUGAAGGGCCUGGGGCUCAGUCACCUAGCUCCCCAAGGGCCACAGAACCUCCUUGCUGCCCUGGAGCACCAAGCACAGAAACACUCAGCCAAGCAGGGCGCCAGGAGCCCACCUCCACCACCGCCUAGGGAGCCUGGCACGGGGGGCAUGCUGGGAAGGGAGCAAGCCGCCCAGCCAGGCCUGGCCCAUGCAAGGCUCCCACCGCCAAGCAGUCCAGUGCUGAGGCCCAGGGUGCUCUGACCUGGCUGGCAUCUGACACUUCGCAGUUUUGGAUUUUGUGGGUCAGUUUUACUACAUACGGCAUAUGUGCAAGGCCUCCUACAUUUCUAUCUGUAAGUGUAAAGUGGGCUUGCACUGGAGGUGGGGUGUGUACAGGUGAAGUCACUGGCUCUUCUAGGAGCUCGAGAGUCUUAAAAAAGCUGUCAUCUGUAGCUGCUGUCACAGUGAGCUGGCAGGACAAGUGACUUAAGCAUUCCCCUGCCUGAUUUGAGGCUUAGACCCCUCCCUAGACCUGCCCUUCAGGGCUCGUGACAAGUGACACACUCAGGCCUUGACCGUGUUUCCCUUGUUAGCAGGGCUUGGGCAGUCCUGGCUCUCCUAGCUCCCCUGGAAGUUCCUUUGCUUCUCAACCUGGAGAAGGGGUCCCCGGGCAGAGCCCUGGCAGGGCCCGCACAGCCAGGGAUCCAGCUGCUGUCCUGCCUCGGACGGGGGACCAGGGGAAAGUUGCUGUGGGCUGGUACACUGUUAGGGAGCUCCCGGGCACCGCUUCCCCUGCCCUCAGGUGGUGCCAGGACCAGGCCAGUGAUGCUUCUCAGUAGCCUUAUCAUUCACAGGUGCCUCUCUAGCCUGCACAAAUGAUUGACAAGAGAUCACCCAAAGGAUGCUUUCUGAAGGUUUUUGUUUUUUGUUUUUUUGUUUUGCACAUGACCGUGUGUGUGUUGAUCUGAGGGAGGAGGAGGGGUCCUGGAGCAGUUGGGUCUCCAGUGCCACCACCCUCACCAUCCGACCUGGUACCUUUGCCACGUUGGUGCUGAGGUUUCCUGUUUGGUGAAACCAGAUUGUGGUAGGAGAAAGGAAAGGGCAUCUAAUGGUUUUGCCACAAGCUUGCCUUUGUGUUUCAAUCCUGGGAGGCCACCGCUGAUUCCCAUCACUAUUGUCUCCAUGCGGAAGUUGCUGGGCCCCGUGCCCAACUGUCCCUUUGGCUUUUAUGAAUCUGUUUCUGCUUCUAACCCCGUCCCUAAUGUGCAAUCCUUGAGAUUUGCCCUGGUUCCAUUGCCCAAGGAAUAAGAGCUGAAGUAUGUCCUCCUUGACAUUCCACCUCCCAGCUCUUGUCUGAUAGCUAAGGGAUAGAGUGAGACUUGACAGCUGAGCCUCGGAAAUCCCACAGGUGGCUGCAAAUAUUUGUGUCUGGUCCCUGCCCCCCAAACUUGCUACUCUAGACUGAAAGUUCUGCUGGUUGCACACUUGCCAGGGCACUAGCCAGUCUGUGCAGAGCAAUUUUCUGGAACAACAGAACGAGUCUCACACCCAGAGGCUGGGCUCUGCUGGGCUUGAGGUUCUAGAUCCCACCUCUAGCCAGGCCUUGGCUUCGGUGCAGCUGAGGGAGGCACAGGGUCAUAGAGUUUUUCUUGCUGGAUUUCCUUAAAGCUGGUUCAUUAUCCUUCAGGUCCCUUCAUCUUGCACGACCAGCUCACUCUCCACACCUUUUACUUCAGUCCAUCACAUAAAUAGGUUCAUGAAGAGUGUUAAGUACUCCUGAAUCAUGUUAUGACCUAGAACAGAGAUGGCAAAUGAAUGGCACACCAUUGUCCCUCUGCCCCCCAUGGCAGGUACCACUAAUUGGCCUAGAGUGUUUUCCACUAACCUCUGGUAUAUCCUCAUUAACCAAGAUUCCCCCAGCAGCCAGUAGAAGUGUUGAGACUUACUUGCCAUCCCUGGCUGAGCUUCUUCCCUCCUGUGGAGAAAUGUUCCUGAGAUCUUUCCCUCUGAAAUUCCUGUGUCUGGAAUGGUCCCUGGAUAUGCCUUUUCCUGCCCCAAUAAGGCCUUCUUCCAACAAUGCCUGUGUCAGGCUGAGACACACAAGAACUGCCAACCCCAUACAGGGUUUGCUGGGUUCUGGAAGCACAGGGAAGAGGCAGAAGCUUCUGCCUGCCUGCUUUAAAUAGCAGGAGGCCUGCGGUAGCCCAUGUGAUUGCCUCCCUUGCUUCAGCUACCUCGUAGAGCCUAUGGGGUCGGGGGGGGGGGGGUCGGGGGGAGCUGUUGGAGCCCAGUGUGGUGGUGGGGAAUCAUGACUGUACAGCACAGGAGCCCUCUGAGACCCAGUCUAACUACUGUGGGGCUACAGUGAGCUACGGUGUGGCCCCAGCUGGUCUUCCCAGGUCCAGAGUCUAGGUCCUGGGCAAGUCAAACCUUUGCUCUCAGCUCCAGCCAUGUCUAGGUAUCCAGACCAAGCUAUAGAUGGGAAUCCCAUUUUCUCUCUUCCUCUCCGUUGACCACAUCACAGCAAUCACUACAGCUGCUCUGUUCGUUCUGCUUUCCAAAGUCAACCCAGGUACCUGGGUGCUGCCCUCACCAGCCAGGAGCCUGGGCCAGAUGCGGGGAAGGUGGCCUAUCUGAAUGAAGGCCAGUGCCUUCCUCACCAGGGCAGGUCCCGUGCACGUGACCUCAGUUUUAGGACCAAGUGCUGUGUUGGAUUCUUCAGUUGCUAGCUUUUCCUCCAGGGGACCAGAGCCGGCGAGGCUCACAGCCUUGAGCCCUUGUCCCUGCUGACGGUAAUUUGUGUUCAGGACCUUGUCCAGCUGAGAGCCUCACAUACACCAGAUUGUGAAGAGGUUUCAGCAGCACUUUGUUAUAAUUUGUUUUCCAUGAGGCUUUCGGACCAUGGGCUGAGCUCAGGCACUUUCUGUAGGAGAAUGUUCUGUCUGUAAAGAUGGUUAUUUCCAUUCCUCCGCCCCCAUCACCGUGGCCCUGCUGAGGGCUGACCAAGAGGCCAGUCGAACUGCCCUCGUGGCUUUGGGGAGGGCCAAGGCCUGCUGAGUGGAUUAUCCAGCUGUGGCUCCAGCCCUCCCACCUUUGCAGCACAGAGGUGGUCACCCCAGGGACAGCCAGGUAUCUGCCUGGGGGAGGGGUGCUGCCUUCUGUCCCUGUAACUGCUUCCCAUGUGGCUCAACCUGGCCGCCCAGAUUUGUUUUAAAGCUGUGCUGACAGCCUCUUUGUCUCCUUUUGGUAUUCACAACAGCCAGGGACUUGAUUUUGAUGUAUUUUAAACCACAUUAAAUAAAGAGUCUGUUGCCUUA